CAUAAAUAUGGUCACACCCUACUGUAGUUUACAUUCUUCUGGUCCUUCAUGGUUCCAUGUGAGCAGCUUUAAUUAAAGAGUAGCUUAUUAUAUGUGUUAAAUUCCACAUAAUAUAUUCGAUAAAUAUACGAGAAUGUCUCACACUGUCGUUACUACUACAACUACCACAACAACUUCCUCGUCGGAUGGAGGAUUUUGCAACAUCGCUUAUGUGCGUUCAUUUCAGGGAUUACUGAAAAUCGGCCAAGUGGUGACUCUCCUGAUAGCUUUCCUCUGUGUGCACUGUGAGCAGCGCUGGACCGAUUACUCCGCCUUUCGCUAUUUUGAAGUGGUCACUGCGUGGUUUCUCAUCGUCUUCUUCUUCUUCUUCCUCAUGCAUUUGUUUCGCCUUCAGAGCAAAAUCACAUGCAUCAACUGGACAUUGACUGAGUUUUUACAUUACGCCGUCGGAGGAAUCCUGGUCUUUAUCGCCUCUAUAGUUGUAGCUGUAAAGAGUUAUGGGAUCUCAGGGUUAAUCGCUGGAUCAGUGUUUGGCUUCAUGGCAACUUUUCUUAUUGCAAUCAGCAUAUGGACUUCAUAUAAGGUCACCUGUGGCUCUCAACCGACUGGUGCCGCAGUGUAACCGGAAGAAGAAAACAUCUUCAUCUUGGCUGGAAGUAUAAAGAAAAAUUCUCAGUUUGUUCUGGAUAGAUCAUAAUGAUGAGUGCUUUAAAUACCCGAAAGGGACAUUUUUGAUGUUGCUGCAUCCUUCAUCAAAACUUGGGUGCCUUAAUCGUCUUAAUCGGUCACACUCUGAAUUUUUCAGCUGCAAGACUUCAGUGUUCUUUUAAGAGUGAAGUUUUGGUUUACUAUAUGCCAUGUCUGAAAUGAAAAGGGGCCAUUUAUGCACAAGAAUGUUUACAUUAUUUAUUUGAAGUUAUAAUGUGAGAUACAAUUUUGAUUCAUUUAUUUAGUUAACGAAAAGUUUAGAUGAAGUGAGGUGUUCAUGAAGGAUUCAUUCAGAUUCACAGUAUUAUUAUUAUUAUACAAAAGUUGAAGUGUAUUUUUGCUUUUUUCACAGUACCUCUACAUAUAAUUUUAUGAUAUACAGCUUUAAAGUUUGAAGAAUGUAUUCUUGGCUUUCUAAAUGCAAGUCCCUUUGUUUUAUACACUGUGUGAUAUAAAAAGUCGACUUAUAUAGUC